AUGACGGCGCGUGACGGGGCCGUUGAGGUCAUGGCAUCAAUUGUAGUUUACAGCAUUUUUAGUACUGUCAUGACUAUUACUAACAAGUUACUUGUUGCUAACUACGCUCUAAACUACCCUAUGGGUAUUAUUUUCGUGGAGAGUGGCACCGCUCUGCUCUUUGCAGUUAUGGGGAAAAUGAUGGGAUGGGUUUAUUAUCCGAACUUCUGCUCGAGAGUGGCAAGGAAGUGGCUCCCCCUUACACUCUUCUUCGUUGCAAUGUUGUGGUCAUCUAUUAAAAGUCUUGAAACCAUGUCGGUGGCGAUGCACACAAUCAUGAAGAACAUUGCAGUCGUGCUCACCGCCAUUGGUGACUCACAGCUGUACGGCACGCGUGUGACGCCCGUAAUGUACUUGGCUUUUUUCUUUAUGUCAGCCGGAAGUUAUCUUUGCGCAAUGGGAGACCAAUGGGUGACAACAUGGGGAAUGAUUUGGACGACUCUCAACAUAAUGGCGACUGUGGGGUACACGUUGUACAUGAAGCGGCUGCUGGGAGAUGUGAGCAAAACAAUCGGCCGUUAUGGGCCUGUGUUUUACAAUAACUUACUUUCAAUGCUUGUUGCGUUUGUGAUUGCGCUCCCUUCCAUGGGGAGCAUGAUUCACACCAUUCGCAGCAUCUCCCUUCCACCUCUUUUAGCUCUUACCGUGGCGGGAACAGGGCCUCUACUAACAUUCGCCACCUUUUGGUGUAUGGAGCAAACAACACCCACCACCUUCAGUGUUGUUGGGGUGGUAAACAAGGUACCCAUGUCAGUUGCCGGGAUGGUUGUGUUUAACCAGUUUCCAACGAAAACGGGUUACGUGGGAAUAACUCUCGGCCUCGUCGGUGGCGUGAUUUACGGUUGUGCGAGUCGGGAGAGGGAUAGUGGCAGGGUGGGGCCUCUCCUGCACGUCGCCGGGUUUAGCGUGUGGGGAAGGAAUACCCCUCUUCUGACAUCUUCUGGGAAAUAUGAGGGGAGGUCAAGGUCGGAAGAAACUAUUUAA